ACGUCACCGCGCGCUCGCGGUUGGCGGGAGCCUCGAGCCGGGAUGGCGGAGGGCCCGGAGCUGCGCGAGCGGGACUCGGACGGGAGCAGCGAGGAGCUGGUGCUGACCCCCGCCCAGCUCAUCCGCAGCCUGGAGCAGGCCUGGCUGAAUGAGAAGUUUGCCCCAGAGCUGCUGGAGAGCAAGUCUGAAAUCGUGGAGUGUGUCAUGGAGCAGCUGGACCACAUGGAGUCAAAUCUGAAACGAGCCAAGCACGGAGACCUGAAGGUCAGCAUCCACCGCAUGGAGAUUGAGAGGAUCCGCUAUGUCCUCAGCAGCUACUUGCGCUGCAGGCUUGUGAAGAUUGAGAAGUUUUUCCCCCAUAUCCUGGAGAAGGAGAAGUCCCGAGUGGAAGGAGAGCCUUCCAUCCUCUCUCCAGAGGAGUUUGCCUUUGCUAAAGAGUACAUGGCGAACACAGAAACCUACCUGAAAAAUGUGGCCCUGAAACACAUGCCUCCCAACCUGCAGAAAGUGGAUCUCCUGAGACUGGUUCCCAAACCCAACCUGGACUCCUUUGUAUUCCUGAGGGUGCAGGAGAGGCAGGAAAACAUAUUGGUGGAGCCAGAGACUGAUGAGCAGAGAGAAUAUGUGAUUGACCUGGAGGAAGGAUCACAGCACCUGAUCAGAUACAAAACCAUUGCCCCCCUGGUGGCCUCAGGAGCAGUUCAGCUAAUUUGAAACAUCACAAGAAUUAAAGGGGCCAGGCAGGAGGCCCUGCAGUCUGGGAGGGCAAGUGCCGUGCACAAGACAACCUGAGAGCAUCGUUGUGCCAGUCAGCACAUGGGGACACAACAGUUGUGGACAGUUGCAAAUACUCAUCCUGCCCCCGGCCCAGCCUGGGGGCCCAGCAGCUCAGUUUUGCUGUAGCCUGAGGACAGGAAGACAAACAGCCAGGUAAAGGUGCCAUCAGCAAGUGCCCCUGUGUGGGGAAUGAGGACACUGCCGCUGAAAGAAAGCUGAGCCUGGUCUUCUAUCCAGCUGCAGCCUCUGCAAAGCUACUGCUCUGUUGUGGAGCCAGCAGGUGGCACCAUUGCCCUGCUUAUACUCCGGAUAUUUCAGCUGGCUGGCAAGAACCCCCUAGAAUGAGUUAGUGACUGCUGGAGGAGGAUGUGCCAGUGUGAGCGAGGUACGUUAUAAAGACAACAGCAAAAUCUCCAUGUAUGCCUAAAAGGGCACCACUGCCCAAGAUCCUGUCCAAGCCUCCUGUGCAGCUAAAUUAGGAGAGAUGCUUAAAUGUAGUGUGGGGAGGGGAUUAGGCAAUGGAUGAGUGCUUGUGUGGGUUUGCAGCAGGUAUCAGCCCUGAAUGGCCUGGGGUGGGGCUGGCCAUGUUUGGAACCUGCAGGAGCUGUGGAGUUCUUACAGGCCGGGGAUGGCAAGUACAAUGAUCGGCCCUAGAGAGCACAAAUAAACCAGUGGGGUAUCUCUGGCUCUAGCUAUCAAUGAGGAGAAGGUGGCUUCUGCGUCCCUGACAGCAAUUCUGAUUCACUUUGUUGUAUUCGUGGCACCAAUUAAACAAUCUGUGGCUCUUCCAGAAAGCCAGCAGCCUGUGUUCCAGACGGCAUCCAGCAUGGCCUGGGCAUGGGCCGCUCAGCCUUCCCCCAGUGAGCAUUCCAGUUUCCAGGUCUGUGCCUCCUCUUGGGUGUAAAGCACAGGGGCACCAGUGCUUACCGUGGUCCAACAAAAGCUGGUGGUCGGUGUCAAACUCUGGGAGCCACAGCUUUAGAAAGACUGGCAUCCUGGCUUGAUGGGAUAUUGGUUGCCAGGUCUGUGACCCUCUUGUGACCUGCCCACCUCCACUUUAAGCACUGCCCUUUGCCAGGUAAUCCAUUCAGCCAAAAAGCACAGUGCACAGAUUCUCCAUUGCAAAUACUAGAGGUGGGAGUGACCGGGAGCUAGAAGUGGAGAGAGUGCUGAGCAGACCCUUCUGUGUGGGGGAGGAGCGGGGAGGAACAAUAGCUUAAUGUUCUGAAUGUGCUAAAUACCAGGUUACCUCAGCACAGUGUGAAAGGGCUGCUGGCUUGUUUCCUUGAUUGCCAGCUUGAUGGUAUUAAUGGGGAAAGGAAGCUUUGCCAUUAGUACCUCAUUAGGUCAAUGGGGUGCUGAAUGGCCUGGGUGUUGGACUGGAGAUUGCUCCCAGCACCCUGGGAAGGCUCCUCCCGUGGGGACAGGCAGGGUAUCUGUACAAGCUGUAAAAAGAAAAGGAGUACUUGUGGCACCUUAGAGACUAACCAAUUUAUUUGAGCAUAAGCUUUCGUGAGCUACAGCUCACUUCAUUGGAUGCAUGCAGUGGAAAAUACAGUGGGGAGAUUUUAUAUACACAGAGAACAUGAAACAGUGGGUGUUACCAUACACACUAUAAAAAGAGUGAUCAGGUAAGGUGAGCUGUUACCAGCAGGAGAGGUGGGGCGGGGGACCUUUUGUAGUGAUAAUCAAGGUGGGCCAUUUCCAGCAGUUGACAAGAACAUGUGAGGAACAGUAGGGGGUGGAAAUAAACAUGGGGAAAUAGUUUU